AGAAACAUUAACCUUUAAGCUUUCUACUUUCCAAAAUCAUGGCCUUUGAUUAUGUUAUUUCUCCACCUUUGAUCAUUAACUAUAAUGAUGAUGAUAUGGCUCAGAUCCAUGCAAAUGUUAAGCUUACUGUUUUUAUUCAACUGUUUGGUAGAAAAAUGGGAUGUUAUCAGCUUGGUUCUUGUCUUCAUGGCUUUUUCAAACUUGAUGGACGUGUUGAAGUGACUGAACAUGGUCAUUGCAGGUACUCUGCCAAGUUCUCCAGCCAGGGGGAUUAUGAUCGAGCUAUUCAGAGAAGUAGCUGGCGGAUUUCAGAUCACCAUGUCAUCGAGGUUUAUAAAUGGAAGCCUAAUUUCCAAUUCGGUAAAGUGCCACUUCUUGCUGUUGGAGACUUUGUGGAAGCCCGCGUGGAAGGGCUUCCUGUUGAAUACUGCAUAGACAACGCUGUCUUUAAAAUUGGCAAUGCUGUUUGCGAGCCUUUGGGUUGCCCGGUCUAUAUGGUUGAUACUUCGAAUGGUAAAACUCCUCGAUUUUGGUUUCCAUUGAUAGGUUCAACAUGUUUGGAUCUUCCUUUGCACGUUCAGAUAGCCAGUGGUCCACUUGUGGGAUUGUCUUAUUCUCGGGCACAGCAAUGCUAUCAUUGUGGUAGAUAUGGACACUUCCGCAAGACUUGUCCUGAGCUCAAUCAACGGACAAGAUCUCCCAACUGGGCUACACCUUCCAACUCUGGUCCAACUCGAGUCCAACGUCCUCAUUUGGGUCGACAACCAGCCCCAGUUUCUUAUGUGUCACCACGAACCUCGUACCCUGCAGAAACUCAUGAAGGAACCACAAGUCCAGAAGAAAGUCAUGAAGGAACCACAAGUGCGGGAGAAACUCAUGAAGGAACCACAAGUUCAGAAGAAAGUCAUGAAGAAACCACAAGUUCGGAAGGAAGUCAUGAAGAAACCACAAGUUCGGAAGGAAGUCAUGAAGAAAUCACAAGUUCGGAAGAAAGUCAUGAAGGAACCACAAGUUCGAUCACGCCAUUUUCUCCUAUAGAGUUCUUCGCCAGCUCCUCGGGUAGCACUAGUCCCUCGAGGCCAAUUGAAGAAAUGAAAAUGAGUCCUAAGGGUGCUAUGCUUGUUGAGAAUGGAAUGGAAAGUAAGCCGAAGUGUUACAAUAUGGGAGAAGAGGUUUCUGGAAUCGACGUUGCUGUGAGAGUCUCUCAUUUGAAUUAUCAAAGGGGAAAUCAGCGCUGGGUUUCCAUAACUCCCCGUGCUGGCGAUGGGCCCCGUUGCUCCAAGAAAUUGCUUUGCAUAAGCAUUGAGAAUGCUGAGGACCGGAAUGCAAUCCGUGCAAUAAAGGACACGUGCUAUGAAAAUGAUGUUUCAAUGGCGAUUGUAUUCGAUAAAUCCUCUGUGCUAAGCAACGAUGAUCGAAUUGUCAGGUGCUUUGGUUUCUCUGCUUCUUAUUGUGCAGAAAUGACAUUUCGAAGGUUCAGAGAAGAUGGCUCAGCAGUGGACGUGAAGGGUAAUUGCUUGCUGAUGUGGAACGCGGAAGAACUUCGUGUUAAUGUUUCCCCUGUAUCGUAUGGUAAUACACCACUGUUGUCCCAACAUCUCGAAUUUAAUGCCUCGUGGGUGGUUAGUGAAUCCGAUUCAGAUGAAUCAUCCAAUGGUUUUUCGAGUUCUGAAGGAGAAGGCUCAAUCGGUUCAUCUGUUUCUAGCGAUGAAUACUCUCGAAAUGGAGACACAGAUUCAGAUGAAUCCUCUUUGUUUUCUUCUGCUGGAGAAGGAGUUUCAAAUGAAUCUUCCACCUCGUUUAGUUCUAGCAAUGAAUCGUCUAUUUUUCUUCCAAAUGGAGCUACAGAUUCGGAGGGAUCCUCUUUGUUUUCGACUGAUGCUGAGGAAAUUUCCAACGGAUCAUCUGCUCCUUCUAGUUCUGAAGAAGGAAGUGAUUCAUUUAUUCUUUCUCCUAAUGGUGAAUAGGGUAAGUGUAUGAUUGAGACCACAUAUUUCUCAUGAUUGAAACACUCCAACGUCUCCUUAACCAUGCAAAAUAGAGCAAAUUUUAUUGAGACUCCGGAGAGGAGUCAAGGUUCUGCAAAAAUUCAAGCCCCGAUCCAAUUCAGCAAGUCCGAAUAGAGAAGGCAAUAGGAGUUAGUUAUAAAAUUUUGAGCUACAUUUUCUUAUGGUACAAUCGUCUCUGAAAUUUCACUACGUAGUUUUUGAUCUGCAAUUUUGUCCAGUAUAUAGUUCAGUUCUAACCAUUUUAGGCUGUAGUAAUGUCAAUUGUACAUACUCCAUACUUUUUGUGUACUUGUAAUUGAUGUCAAGGAAA